AUGUUGCCAUCUCUGGCGUACUCUUUCAAAGCGUUCUACCUCAAGAUCUUCCGGGUGAUGAAAAACUCUGCGGCGAAUGUGUCUACAGUGGAGAAGGCGAAGCUGAAAUGGGAGCCGCUGAACCGAAAGUACCAAGCCAAGAUCGAGGGCCUUACCAAUCUGAUCUCAGAAGUGACCGAUACCAUCUACGUCGAGGCAUAUAACACCAUGCUAGCCAAUCCGAAGGCGAAAUGGCAGUACAAGCAGUCCGUCGAACCGAAGCUGAAGUUCCAGAGGAAGAAGCUGGGCGAGAUGUUCCUUCAGUCAGACAACCACUUCGUCGAACAAGUCAUCAACCACUUCCAGUCAGAGGUCGACAAAGCUAUGCGACACACGCUUGACAGGCACUUCAGCGGCAUCGAGAAGCUACUCAAUGGCCUCAAUACUGCUAUUCGCGCUCAAGGUCCUAUCACUUAUCGCAUCCCAACGCUGCAGGAGAGAAUCGAUCGACUGAGAGCUCUGCUUCCCGCUCGAGUCAGCCAAGAGGAGAACAACGAGGGCAUCCAAAUUGACAGCAUCGAUGUCAAAGAAGAGGAGGAUAAUUUCGCGUCCAUCCACGAGAAGAUGUCCAAACGCAAAAAGUCCGAGCCUACUGCUGGAGUUAAGCAGGAGCCUCUCUGA